UUCAUCAGCCAUCCCUAUAUAAUUCAAAGGACAUUGGUAAAAGGUUAAGAAACCUGUUACUUUUUCUCUUCAUUUUUUUUCCUCUGAUGAUCAUCUCAAAACCAUCUAAUUUUUGGGUUUUAAAGAUCUGAUUUACUUCGAGUUUCUUAUAAAUGGGUUCUUCUAAUCGAUUGUUUAACAGACAGAGAACUGUUCAUGAGAUCCUUGGAGGAGGUUUUGUUGCAGAUGUGAUGUUGUGGAGGCGAGGGAACUUGACUUUGGGGAUAUUGUUGGUCACUCUGGCUGCUUGGGUGGUGUUUGAGAAAUCUGGUUACACUCUGUUAUCACUUGUCUCUAGCGUUCUCCUCCUCCUCAGUGUCAUUCUUUUCCUCUGGGCCAAAUCUGCUGCAAUCCUUAACCGACCUGCUCCACCUCUUCCAGAAUUGUAUCUAUCAGAAGAAAUGGUAAAUGAAGUGGGAGCUUUCAUCCGAGCCCAUGUAAAUGAUUUUCUGUCAACUUCUCAAGAUAUUGCAAUGGGUAGAGAUGCAAGGUUGUUUGUCAAGGUUGCUGCAUACUUGUUGCUGAUUUCUGUCAUCGGUGGCUUGACUGAUUUCCUUACUUUGGGUUACACCAGCCUUGUUGUUGUUCUCACAGUUCCAGCACUCUACGAGAGAUACGAAAACUAUAUUGAUUCAUAUGCCAUAACCGGGUUCAGAAAAAUGCAGCAGUUGUACGUGAAAUUCGACGUGAAGUUUGUUAACAGAAUUCGAAAAUGGAUUCUGGAGAGGCAGAAACUAAGCUGAUUGAUUUCCCAUUGUUUCUUCUUCGGUUUUCUUUCCUGCCUUCUGUAGAAUAUGUUUUUCUUUUUUUCUGCUUGGAAGUGCCAACCAGUAGGCACAAAAGUUUCUUGUUGAGCAUUGGAGGGUGUGGAGGAAUGUAAUUUCCCUUUCUGAGAUGAUUUUUUUUUACUCUGAAUCAUUGUUUUCCGGCGUGUUAGUACAUAGGUUUCGACCAGAGAAAUGUUACCGGAGCUACUAAAUCAAUGACAUCUAUCUUAGUGAAAUGAAUGGCUGAUGAACUUUUGUGCAA